GAGACGGGGCGUAUGAGCAAUGCCGUGGCGAAAACUUUGCCACUUUUGUUGUCUGCGACGAAAGCAAAAACAGCGAGACACCGUAAAAAAGACAAGUAAUAUAAACACAGCUUUACAUGCGCAGUUUUUGUUGCUGUUUUUAUCCGGCUGCUGUGGCGUUGCACUGCGUAUUAUUAUUUUUUUCCUCUUUUUUUUUUGCUUUACUUUUUAGAGCGUCCGCGUUGCGGCGACGCGUUGUAUGCGGUUCGAAAGGUAGCGCAGCACUGGCGCUCUACCGCCAAUUCGAACAGCUGAGCGCCUGCCGAAGAGUGCCGAAGAGAGCCGAACGCCGCAGCUCGCUCUCCGCCUACCACUACCACUGCAGUAGCUGUGCGCUGGUGUGCUGUAAACGCAUUUACAUUCCGCGCCCGAAUUUUUCGUGCUUUUCCCGUGUUUUCCCUGUGGGCCAUCGUUUCGCUGGGUUUGGGCCAACACUUGUCGCCUCUUGGCCAUUAUGCAACGACAGCGAAACGAAGGGGCUCACGGGGCUCACGAAGUGGACAAGCUGCUCUCUGAUUGGUCGCUGGUCAGCGCCACGAGGCCACCCGAAGUGCUCGCUCUCUCUGCCUCUCUUCUGUGAGAGAUGA